GAGGGGUCAACGUGCGGGGGAGGCGAAGCGAAGCGGAUCGGAGCGGAGUAGGGAAGCGCGGUGCGGCGGUCAGGACGAUGCUGGAGGCGGCGGCCGCAGCCGAGCCCGAGUUGGACCCCGAGGACCUGGUACAUUUCUCGGUUGGAGACCUGCCCAGCCGUGGCUACGGCGUGAUGGGCGAGAUCCGGAGGCAGGGCAAGCUGUGCGAUGUGACCCUCAAGGUGGGGGACCAUAAAUUCAGCGCUCACCGGAUCGUGCUGGCAGCUUCCAUCCCCUACUUCCAUGCCAUGUUCACCAACGACAUGAUGGAGUGCAAGCAGGAUGAGAUCGUCAUGCAGGGGAUGGACCCCAGCGCACUUGAGGCUCUGAUCAACUUUGCCUACAACGGACACCUGGCGAUCGAUCAGCAGAACGUGCAGUCUUUGCUGAUGGGAGCCAGCUUCCUGCAGCUGCAGAACAUCAAGGAUGCCUGCUGCACCUUCCUCAGAGAGAGGCUUCACCCAAAGAACUGCCUGGGCGUGCGGCAGUUUGCGGAGACGAUGAUGUGCGCAGUGCUCUACGAUGCUGCCAACAGCUUCAUUCACCAGCACUUCGUGGAGGUGUCCAUGUCUGAGGAGUUCCUGGCUCUGCCUUUUGAGGACGUUCUGGAGCUCGUUUCUCGGGAUGAGCUCAAUGUGAAGUCUGAAGAGCAGGUGUUUGAAGCUGCUCUAGCAUGGAUACGCUAUGAGCGAGACCAGAGGGAGCUGUUCCUGCCUGAACUCCUCUCCAAAAUCCGCCUGCCCCUUUGUCGGCCUCAGUUCCUCACUGACAGAGUGCAACAAGACGACCUGGUGCGCUGCUGCCACAAAUGCAGAGAUCUAGUGGAUGAAGCAAAAGAUUAUCACCUCAUGCCAGAGCGUCGACCGCACCUCCCAGCAUUCAAGACCCGUCCUCGGUGCUGCACGUCGAUUGCAGGGCUGAUUUAUGCUGUUGGAGGACUUAACUCAGCAGGUGACUCUCUGAACGUGGUGGAAGUCUUUGACCCCAUUGCCAACCGCUGGGAGAAGUGCCAGCCGAUGACGACGGCGCGGAGCCGCGUUGGUGUGGCCGUGGUGAAUGGGCUGCUCUACGCCAUCGGGGGGUACGAUGGGCAGCUGAGGCUGAGCACUGUGGAGGUGUACAACCCUGAGAUGGAUUCCUGGUCCAAAGUGGAAAGCAUGAACAGCAAACGAAGUGCGAUGGGAACCGUGGUGCUGGACGGGCAGAUCUACGUUUGCGGCGGAUACGAUGGAAACUCCUCGCUCAACUCCGUGGAGUCCUAUUCUCCAGAAACAAACAAGUGGACAGUGGUGACUCCCAUGAGCUCCAACCGCAGCGCUGCUGGUGUCACUGUGUUUGAGGGCAGGAUCUACGUGUCAGGAGGGCACGACGGCCUGCAGAUCUUCAACAGUGUGGAGUACUACAACCAGCACACGGCCACCUGGCACCCGGUGGCCAGCAUGCUCAACAAGCGCUGCCGCCACGGGGCGGCGUCGCUGGGAAGCAAGAUGUUUGUGUGCGGGGGUUACGACGGCUCUGCCUUCCUCAGCAUGGCUGAAGUGUACAGCUCUGUGGCGGACCAGUGGUAUCUCAUCGUCCCCAUGAACACCCGGAGGAGCCGUGUGUCCCUGGUGGCAAACUGCGGCCGCCUGUACGCCGUCGGGGGUUACGAUGGACAGUCCAACCUCAGCUCGGUCGAGAUGUACGACCCGGAGACCAACCGCUGGACGUUCAUGGCCCCGAUGGUGUGCCACGAGGGGGGGGUUGGCGUGGGCUGCAUCCCCCUGCUGACCAUCUGAGGAGGCAGAGGCGAGGAGCUGCCUUGUCACCGACAAUCGUGGGAGAGCUCCAGCCGGCGUUUCCCGCUCUGAUAGCCAGAGAGAUCCAUCUCCAGGUGCU